ACUCUUCUCCAGCUUUGUCCCUCCAUAAUUGUGUAUCCAAUAUACAUACAUACAUAUUAAUAAUGGCGAAUGCUUGGCCCAUUGUCAUGCCUAAUUGGUGAAAUGGUUAUCAAAGAAGUUAUUGCGCAAAAAGUAUGCGGGGUGUGUGGAACUGAUUAGUGCCUCGCGCGAGGUAAGAAGCAAUUAAUUAGAUUUAGCAGAGCCCGGAAUGUGCCCCUGAAAUGUUUGACUGAAUGUUUAUUUUCAAAUGCAAAUUAUUGCAGCUACUUUCUUUAGCUUUCACAACAGGGCGGAUUCCAUUUUUGCACAAUUUGUAUACUCUUGGAGAGUCAUAAGACUAAGGUAUGUAGGUCAAUAUUUUGUCUGUUUAGAAGGGAAAACUUUAUUUAGCUGUGCAAGAAAACUCCCUGAAAAAUGUGUAUUGUUGCACCCAUCUUAAUAGAGCUAAUAAAAUCAAUUUUAAAUUAGCGAAAGGAGCUUUAAACGCCGCACAGCCUUGCGCUGUUGAACCGCAAACACCUUUUCCUCAAACAGAUUUUUUGUUUUCCGCAUUUCCAUCCAGGCCCGAGCCAUUCUUUCAAGAGCAUUUAUUAAAUGUUUUUCCAUCGCUCCGUAGAUAUUGCACAGACUUCAAGUAAUCCAUCAUUUAUCAUUUCGAAAAGAAACGACAGCAAUUAGACUGCCAGUUGCUGGCUGCUACUGUUUGGCGUUUGAUUUGCCUCUAAUAAUCGCCCCACUUAGGUUUUUCGAUUUGAACCCGAUCCCGAAGCGUUGCGGUGGCAUACGCUACUCCAGCUACCGUGCCACAGUCGUAACUAAAGACACUAUAAAAGUUACCGAGAUGUGGGGGAACAGUUUCAGUUGUGCGACGACGGCCGCACCACCAGCGACAACAGCAGCAGAAGCAUUUGCCAAUCGUUAGUUAUAGUUAACCGGGAGAUCGGCAUAUUCGUAUUCAUAUUCGCAUAUUCGCAUAUUCGCAUACGAGAAAUUAUGCAAAACUGAAAGCGACCCGAGACAAAGACAAACACGCGCGUUUCCAUUUCCCAGCAUCAAUUAAAGAACCAUAAACAGAACAAUCGGAGAUUGCAUUGCCGCAUCUAUAAAACAACAAUGCCAGAAUCGAGAAUUUUUCAAAAACUUUUACUAUUGCUGCCGCUUGCCUAUACGCCGCAUCCACAACUGCCACAUAAUGAUGAUGGCGAUCGUGAGGUGCAACACUGGAACUACGAAUAUUAUGGGAACGACUGGGGUGGCACAUGUCGGACGGGACUACGGCAAUCUCCCAUCCGCUUGGCAGUUCAUAAAUCUCUGAUCGUACCACUGCCGCGGAUUGUGUUUGGGAACUACGACAAAAAGCUGAGAUCUCCGCUUAAGUUGGUGAACAACGGGCAUUCGGCUCACAUGGACAUACCCGAAACGCGUGACAACAGCAAACCGUUUAUAGCCGGAGGCCUCCUCAAAGAUCGUUACAUUGCGGAGGGUCUCCACUUCCAUUGGGGAUCCCCGAACUGGAGGGGCUCUGAGCAUUCCAUCAAAGACCAACGUUUCGAUGUGGAAAUGCACAUUGUUCAUAGGAAUUCGAGGUAUACCGAUCUCAAAGAAGCACUAAAUCAUAAAGAUGGCAUCGCGGUGCUUGGAGUUAUGUUCAAAAUUGUCCAAGAACCGGAUAGCGUGUUUCCCGGUCUGAACAAGAUCUUUGCUCAGCUGCCAAAGAUUAAGAAAUACAAACAGGAAGCGAAUAUCGUGGGCAGUCUCACGUUGGGCCAAUUGCUUGGAAAUUUGAACACCCGCGACUUUUUCACGUACAAAGGAUCACUGACGACGCCUGAAUGCGAAGAAUCAGUUACCUGGACCGUGUUCUCCCAGCCCCUGCCCAUAAGCUUUGCAGCUGUCUCGAGAUUUUGGAACCUGCGCAGCAACGACGGUUACAGAUUGGUCAACAAUUAUCGAAGUAUACAGCCACGUAAUAGCCGUCCCGUGUACUAUCGCACCAGCACGAAUCAGAUAAGCAAUUUGAUUGGCUAGCAAUGAUCGUUGGAGGACUAAAGUUCUGGCCACAACAUAUACUCGAAUUAUUUAUUUUAUAUUUU